AUGAGGAUGUCCAUCUCAGAGCCUGCGUUGCCCGAAAUGGGGAUGAGAUUUCUCAAAGCUGGCGCCAGUGCCACAGAAGCCGUCGAAGCCUCGCUGCGGGUUUUGGAAGACAAAGAAAUCACCAACGCUGGCUACGGGUCGAACCUCUCCAUCGACGGCACCGUCGAAUGUGAUGCGACAAUUGUUGAUCACUUGGGCCGCAGCGGCGCCUGUGGUGCUGUUACAAAUAUACGAAAUCCCAUUUCUCUUGCCAAGCUCAUCUUCGACGGGAGCAAGCGGCCCUUGAGCCUGAGACGAGUCCCUCCCAAUGCCCUUGUCGGAGAAGGCGCCAAGAUUUACGCAGAAGAGCAUGGUAUGGCAACAUUUGCCAAUGAUUAUCUCGUCUCCAAAAACUCCAGAGAUCGCUUCUUGCGCUGGCAGGACGAUUUGCUCAGGGCCGAGGCAAAAGCAAAGGAGGCCAGCAGUGUGCAAAAGACGCCAGCAGCUAUGCACUGUGCGCCUUGCCAAUACGAUACAAUCCCCGCAAAACCAAAUAUCUCGUUUCCUCGAGAUCACGCUGCUGCCAUCAUGUCAGGAACUUGGAAUGAAGGCCAGCCUAACUCGCCCUACUUGCCGCCCCCGGGCAUAGAUGAUGCUCAGCAGGCUGAGUUAACGACUCUGGGCAUAACGCAAAAUUCCUGGAAUCAUGCCAGGAAUCCAUCCUGGAAAACCUCCUAUCAUGGCACCAAUUCGAGCAAGAAGCAUGGAAACUUGCCAAGAUCCAAUCAAGGUCAUGUCAAUGAUGGCGAGAAUGAUGAUCUUGCUGUCCGACCGAAAGAGUCCAAUGCUAUAGGAGUCGGCUCCGUGAAUGACGAAUCAACGUGGCAGCAGCCAAGGAGACGUCGAAAAGCACAAAAGCGUCCUCUGGAUGGACCUGACAACAGCGAGGACACAUCGACUAAGCGUCAACAUGUGGUCGAAGAAGAUGGAGACUGUGUAACCGACACGAUUGGCGCCAUAGCUAUUGACGAAGAGGGGCUGAUUGCAGCCGGUUCUUCAUCCGGAGGCAUUGGAAUGAAGCAUCGUGGUCGACUUGGCCCAGCUGCUCUGGUUGGAGUAGGAACGGCUGUUGUGCCCUGCCAACCGGAUGACGAGGAUGCAGUCUCGGUGGCGGCUGUCACCAGUGGCACGGGCGAACACAUGGCAACGACAAUGGCAUCCCAGCGUUGUGCAGAACGGCUGUACAACGGCACUCGCAAGGGUCCCGCCGGCACUGACAUACACGACUACGAUGAAAACGCCAUUAUGGAGUCGUUUAUUGCGAACGACUUUAUGGGCCAUCCAGGCGUCUGCAAUGGGCCCUCGGCCGGCGCGAUUGGCAUCAUGGCCGUGAAGAAGACACGGGCAGGGUACUACCUUCAUUUCGCGCACAACACAGACUCGUUUGCCCUUGCAUCCAUGGGCGGCAAAGACCCCACGCCAACCUGUGUCAUGUCUCGCCUGCCCGAGGGCAGUAAGAUUGCCCAAGGCUCCCGCAAGAUUUCCACCAAGUAG